AUGGCUGACGAGUCACGUGUCACCAUAUGGGUGCCUCUUGAAGAAUUUCUUGACAAGGAAAACAAAAAUCUAGCAUACACGGCGGCUGUUGUUAGCCUGCAGAUCCCUGAUAGCUGUUCAUCUUCAACCAGCAUGGGAAGUGAAGAGUUGGAGCAGACCAAGCAGCUCUCGGGCAUCGACUGCUCACAGCCACCAGCAAGAACUUGGCAGAGGAGAUUCGACGAUGAAGGGAAGAAGGUUGCCAUGUACAGCUUGACCAUGAAUGACUUGAUGGCAAUUGCGCCCUUGUUUGUCAAAAUACUGAAGCUGCGGAUUGAAGAACACGCCAAAGGCCGAGUUGAUGCUUAUGAUCCUCUGAGGAAAUGGAUGGACAACUGCUACCGCGGUGUACCGCUCGGUGGGAUAGGUGCAGGAAGCAUAGGGAGAAGCUACAGAGGGUACUUUCAGCAAUUUCAGAUAUUCCCCGUGACGCAUGAAGAGAAACCUAUCCUAGCAAAUCAGUUCUCGGCGUUUGUUUCGCGCCAGAAUGGGAAGAAGUACUCCACGGUAUUGUCAGCACCGACUGCUGAUCUUCUCAAGGGAGUCGAUAAAGCCGGUAUUGGAUCUUGGGACUGGAAGCUGAAGGAGGACAAAUGCACCUACCACGCCCUGUUCCCAAGAUCAUGGACAGUAUAUGAUGGUGAGCCUGACCCUGAGAUCAAGAUCACCUGCCGUCAGAUAUCGCCCUUCAUCCCACACAACUACAUAGAGAGCAGCUUCCCAGCUGCGGUGUUCACAUUCACGGUGCAUAACUCUGGGAGCACAGCUGCAGAUGUGACACUGCUCUUCACCUGGGCAAAUUCAGUUGGCGGGAAAUCAGAACUGACAGGAAACCACGUGAAUUCCAAAAUGACGGAGCACGACGGCGUCCAUGGCGUUCUCCUCCACCACAGGACGGCGGGAGGGCACCCUCCGGUGACGUUUGCGAUCGCAUCCCAAGAGACGGACGGCGUCCGCGUCAGCGUCUGCCCGUCCUUCACGAUGGGCCCGUCCAGCUCCGGCGAGUUCUCGGCGGCGGACAUGUGGGACGAGAUCAAGAAGCACGGCGCGUUCGGGCACGCCGGCGCCGGCAACGCGUCGAGGGCGGCGUCGAAGGCCGGGUCGUCCGUGGGCGCGGCGGUGGCGGCGUCGACGGCCGUGCCGGCUGGGGCGACGCGGGUGGUGUCCUUCUCGCUGGCCUGGGCGUGCCCCGACGUCAAGUUCCCCGCCGGAAGCACGUACCACAGGAGAUACACCAAGUUCUACGGCGUUGAUGCCGACGCAGCUGCAGAGCAGCUGGCUCAUGAUGCUCUUCUUGAGCAUAUGAACUGGGAGGCCCAGAUCGAGGAGUGGCAGCGACCAAUCUUGCAUGACAAAAGGCUACCUGAAUGGUAUCCAGUUGCCCUGUUCAACGAGCUCUACUACCUCAACGCUGGAGGCACCAUCUGGACAGACGGACAGCCUCCGAAGAAGGAGGGCUUCGCUUCGUCAGAGCCGUUCUCGAUCGACACGCUCCUCCCAGUCGCAGCAGGCGGCAGCGCGGUGGACGGCGUCGUGCGCGCGGUGGCGUCGGCGACGGAGCGGUCCCACUCCGCGGCGGCGGCGUUCGGCGCGUCGCUGCUGCGUGGCGGCGAGGACAACGUGGGGCAGUUCCUGUACCUGGAAGGCAUGGAGUACAACAUGUACAACACCUACGACGUGCACUUCUACGCCUCCUUCGCGCUGCUAUCGCUCUUCCCUUCGCUGGAGCUGAGCCUGCAGCGCGACUUCGCCCGCGCCGUGCUCCUCCACGACCCACGCCGGCGGCGCACCUUCGACGGCCGGACCGCGCCGCGCAAGGUGCUGGGCACCGUGCCGCACGACGUCGGGCUCAACGACCCCUGGGUGGAGAUGAACGCGUACAUGCUGCACGACCCGGCGCGGUGGAAGGACCUCAACCCCAAGUUCGUCCUCCAGGUGUACCGCGACGCCGUGGCCACGGGCGACGCCGCGUUCGCGGAGGCGGCGUGGCCGGCGGUUUACAUGGCCAUGGCGUACAUGGACCAGUUCGACCGCGACGGGGACGGGAUGGUGGAGAACGAAGGGAUCCCCGACCAGACGUACGACAUGUGGCCCGUCUCCGGCGUCAGCGCCUACACGGGCGGGCUCUGGGUGGCGGCGCUGGAGGCGGCGGCGGGCAUGGCGCGCGUCGUCGGGGACCGCCACGCCGAGGCCUACUUCCGCGCGAGGCGCGACAGGGCGGCGCGCGUGUACGACGCCGAGCUCUGGAAUGGCGCUUACUUCCGGUACGACAACAGCGGCGGCGCGACCAGCGAGUCCAUCAUGGCGGACCAGCUGGCUGGGCAGUGGUACGCGCGGGCGUGCGGGCUGGAACCCGUGGUGGAGGACGCCAAGGCACGGAGCGCGCUGGCGACGGUGCUGGACUACAACGUGAUGAGGGUGAAAGGCGGCGCCGUCGGGGCCGUGAACGGGAUGCGACCCGACGGCGCCGUCGACGCGUCGUCCGCGCAGUCCAAGGAGGUGUGGCCCGGGGUCACGUACGCAGUCGCGGCGGCCAUGGUCCACGAGGGCAUGCCCGAGGCCGCGUUCCGGACGGCCAAGGGCGCCCACGACGCCGCCUGGGGCAAGGACGGCUUCGGGUACGCGUUCCAGACGCCCGAGGCGUGGACCGAGGAAGGCGGCUACCGGUCGCUGCACUACAUGCGGCCGCUCGGCAUCUGGGCCAUGCAGUGGGCGCUGUCGCCGCCCGAGCUCCACAAGGAUCUCAGGGCACCCGGCGCGCGGUCGGAGGAAGAGUCGUCGCCGGCGGACGCCGCACUCGGGCAGGCACAGUUCGAGAAGGUGGCGAACAUGCUGAGGCUGCCGGAGGAGCAGCAGCCUAAGGGAUACCUUUGGGCCAUCUACAACAUCAUUAGGCAAAUUGUGCUCCCAGCAUGA